AUGAUGAUACAGAAAUCCAAAAAAUCCAACUCUACUACCAAACUUAAAUAUCCCUGCUAUUUUUCUAAAUACAACUCAAUUCAAAUCCCAACCUACAAAGACCAAUAUCAGUUCGACAUGUUGGACCCUCGUAGAAAUGCAAAUUUUAAUGGUAGUGGUAACGACCAAUUAAAACCAAACAGCCUAAAAGUAACGAUAUCGCAGCAUGAUUUGACCAAAGUUGAUACUGAAUCUUACGAAAUGUCCCUGAAGUCCAUAGUAGUACAUCCGGAAUAUACUUGUAACAAAGCCAGAAAUGACAUUGCUAUUCUAGAGUUAGAAAAUGAGGUAUCUUGGACAGAAAGCGUAACUCCAGCCUGCCUACCAGUAGAUGAUUCUGAAAAGUCCUACUCGACAUUCCACAAUAACUUAGCUACUGUAGCUGGAUGGGGGUGGACCAACGAAGAAAGAGGAAAAGGAAAACGAGCCGUGGUACUACAAAAAGCCGACGUCAACGUAAUAGAAACUGAAAAAUGUAGGAGCUGGUACAAAUCUCAGGGGAAAAAAACCAAAAUCCAGGAAUCUCAGAUUUGUGCCGGACAUGAAAAUGGAGGAAUCGAUGCUUGUUGGGCUGACAGUGGUGGCCCAUUGAUGAUUGGUUCCGGAUCCAAAGACCAAAUGAUGGUGGUUGGAGUAGUAUCUACAGGGAUUGGAUGUGCCAGACCUCACUUGCCUGGAUUAUAUACUAGGGUUUCAACUUACAUUCCUUGGAUAAAAGAAGUUAUUGGGAAAUGA